AUGGUUAAACAAAAGAAAAAUAAACCGAAUGAGCAUACUGAUGGAAAGAUGACAUCAGAGUCUCAGGUAGAACAAUCUACCCAUAUUUCUGUGGAAUUAUUAGAAAAUUUAAUUAUGAAUGAUAAUUUUGAAACUGAUGUCCCGAAUGAGAGUAAAACCGAGGAGUUGCAAAAACAAGCUGACACUCCUGGAGUCAACCAGUUAGGAACUAGUGACAAUAUUUCUUCUGGGCAAGAGGCAGAAGAACGUGAAAAACAACGCGAGCUUAAAGAGCAGGAGCGUGAACGACAACUUCUGCAGGAAAAGGAAAAACGUAGACAGGAAAAGCUUAUAGAAAAACAGCAACAGGAGCUCAGGGACCAAGGAAAGGAAAAGAAAUUGGUGGAAAAUAUAAACAACAUUUUACUGGAAAGAGAUAAAGAAAUUGUCCGUAGGAUAAAUCAAGUGUUGGUCGAUCGUGAUAAUGCUAUUACUACCCAUUUUAAGCAGGAGAUCGAUGCAGUAAAAACCACUAUUGAAUCGUUAACAAACAUUCCAGUUCAGGUCAACUGUCUUCAAACUGAAGAAGAUAGGCUAGAGAACCAAUUCAAAGCCUUGGCUACCGCUGUGGAAUCAAUGCAGGAGGACAUUCCCUCGGAAAUCCGAAAGCAUGUCCGAACAGAAGUAGCCGGGUACUGA